ACGGAGGGGAUACGCAGGUUCAGUCGACGUCAGCGGAGUCCGCCGUCACGUCACUGGUUUUGUGGAGUCACGGCGUGAGUUGAGCGUUUGAAUGUAAACAAGAGGCGUCGGGGGUUAUCACAGACGGUAGCGGUAACGGCGGCGGGCCCGCCUCCCCCUCACGGUAAAGGCCCUGAUUGUCCGGUGUGAUCCAGCCCAGCCCAGCCCGGCGCGUGAGGGGGGCGAAGGCAGGCGCACUUCUCGUCUCUGCCAGUCCUAGGCCCCAGGCCCCGCGCCUCCCGCCACCCCGAGGCCCGACUGUCGGGGCCCGAUUGCCCAGCGCUCGGCCGCUGCCGCACGCCCGAGGAGACGGAAGAAAAACUGAUCAGAGUUUCACAAGGCUGCAUAGAAAAUGAAAGCAAGAGAAAGAUUAAGAUCACCGACUUCAAGAAACUAAAUGAGGGAAAUUCCAGUUGCUUGUAUGACUAUUUAAAGAUAACAUCGAGCCUGGCUGUUUUCCCCAACAUGGAACCGGAGGGAAAAGGUGGUGAGGAUGAGGAGAGCCUGCAGAUGGCAUUCAAAAAGCUUAAAGUGGAUUCUGAACGUGCUGCGCCUGCAUCUGUCCACAUAAACACUGAAACAACUACUUCAAGGACAUCAAUGCGAGGCAGCCCUGACGGAGCUAAGGCCAGGACAGUAUGUUCUUCCAAAGAGAGCUGGCACGGCUCAACCAGAAAGCCAUCGCGUGGUGCCAUCAGAACUCAGCGGAGAAGACGUUCUAAAUCGCCCAUUCUUCAUCCUCCUAAAUUUACUUACUGCAGUUCCGCAGCGCCCUCGGCCAGCUCGCAAGCGAAGCACAGUAACCAAACGGAGCCUUACCAGGGCCUUGCCGUCCAGCCUCCCAAAGAGUGCUGUAAGGCCGGGCAGCCUGAAGCUGUGUUUGGCGCUAAAGUCCCCACCGUCUUCUCACUGGAGCCAUCGGAAGAACCCGCAGUUGUAAAUGGCACCGAAUCACGCACUGACUCCCCAUCCGAGACCCCGAAACUAGCGGCCCUGAAGUCCAGGCCAUCCUCCGACUUCCAGUCUCUGUCGAAGCUUCACCAGACCGACUCCUGCUGCUGCUCGCGGGAGAAGGAAUGCCGCUGCAAGCGGUGGCAAGAUGUCGAGGUGUACUCCUUCACCGGGCUUCGCAGCGUGAUAUCGGAGUGCGAGAGAGAUGCAGCCGAGACCGGCCGACGCAACUCACCCCGUCGAAGAACUCAGCCAGGCACUGGGGCCGCGGGUUCCCCACGCUCUUGCUCCGAAGAGGCCAGGGCAUUUGUUGAAGACAUCACCAUCGAAGACCUGUCGGGAUACAUGGAAUAUUACCUGUAUAUCCCCAAAAAAAUGUCACACAUGGCCGAAAUGAUGUACACUUAAAAGAAGAAUCACUCCUUCAAUGGGUGAUUUAUUUUCAAGCUAACGUGACUGGUGUAAAAACAAAAGUUGGAAGGAAUACUGGCUUAGUUAAAUUAUGCAAGAACUGAUUUUUUUCUUUUUUCUUUUGAUUUGACUUUUCAAAGUAAUUUCUUUUCUCCACCGCUCCCUGUGGUUUUACUUUGGGGCCCUUGGUGUAGUUUGGAGCUUCAUGAGUGUCACAUGUGAAAACAUGAAGCUGUUGGUCUAACAUAUGUGUUUUGGGACACAGGCUUAAAAUGUCCGAAGUUCACUGUUUACAUAAUAUAAGUCAGCAGUCAAAUUAAUCAACAAAAUUUCUUGCAUUCGCACUACAUCUACAGUGGAGAAAGAUGUUUUUUAUUUGCACGAAUAGAAUAACAUGAUGGCUUUGAAAUAAACGGUAGGGUACGUCUUUGGCUGAUUGCAGGCUGUGACUUGUGUUUAUGUAUUCCUCUGACAGAAAAUAGUCUUAACCUCUGAUUUGGAAUGUUAAAUCUGCAUUGCGUUGUGAUUUUAAACCUGGUAAAACCAAGGGAAGUCAUUUCUGAGUGUGCAAAUGUAAAAUCCAGUACCGCCCAAAUCCUGUGCUCUCCUCUUCUGUGAAUGGAUUUGAGGUGGGGGGUGAUGGAGUAUUGGCUUCCGAUUUCUUUAGCCGCAUACUGUGUCUUCAGCGGAGCGGAUCACAAGUGCUAUCUGAAUUGGAAGACCAUGGGUAGAAAUUCCCAUUAUGCUAAAGGAGCAGAAAAAGUAGUUACACAUUGUACCAAAAAUUGGGCUUAUGAACUCCAAUGGAAUUGAAUUUUGGAAGUAGGUGGCACAAAGCCAUCUUAUUUAUGUAUUUUGCCCCCUAGCAGUUGCUUCCCCUUUUCAGAAUUAAUUUGUACACCACUCUAAUUUAUUGGCGUAUUGGUCCAUUUUGAAGGAACAUUUGCUGGUGUGAGUUGUAAUUGAUACGCAUUUAAUAAUCCAAAAGAAAAAAGCUGGAAAUGUGUAAAGGAACUAUUGAAUGUGCAUUAGCAGACCAAGCAGUGUCUGGAGAGAUGCAAAUAACUGGUUUUCUCCCUCUGUAGAAUCUCCCUAACCAGCUGAGCAUUCCAAGCUCUAUCUUGGCAGCCAAUUGAUCUAUGACUUGUUGCUCUACCAGUUGUUCACAUUAGCUGGGUACGAUGACUUGGAAUUACCUGAUUACUUGUAACCCAAACUAAUUUGUGCCCUCCAAUUUAGCUUUUUUUUAAAGCUUGAAAUAGUUGUUCACUGCACUAACCAGCGAGAGGAUGAAUGAUGAAACCAGAGUAUUUAAAUCUAUUGCUGAUCCUUUAAGAUAAAUGAUCUUGAAUGGGAAAUGGAGAAGGUGCUGCAACUAGCUCUUGCACUCCUGGGUUUUAUGUGCACACUUGUAGGUGUGAAUAGAGGAGGGGUGAGGAGAAAUCCACCUUCGGGUAAUAAUUCACCUGGAUUGUGAAAUGUCAAUUUUGAGGAUGUUUAACGUUAAUCUAUUUGGAUGAAAACAAAUUAUAAAAUGUCCGCUUGAGUGCUUUUGUAGUGACAUAAACACAGAUUACGCCAUAUCUGAAUUGAAUUAUUUCUGAUUUCCUUCCUCCAACAGAGGAUAAAGUGCUUUGAGUAUUAACACCGCCCUUCUGAUAGGACUACGGUAGAGUUCUGAAGUAGCAUGAGUACUCUGUGCAUCUUUGUCUUGUUUACUGUAGUUAUUUUGCACCAAAAAAAUCAAUUUAUUUGGAAUCAGUAAUUCAGAUUAGGAAAGGAUGGAGGGUAUUCUGCGUCUCCAGAGAUUGAACCUCGUAAAAUCUUAUUGAACUUGGAAUCAAAUUGACUUUUAAUUAGCAACAAUAGUCAAACGGGCAGCCUGUUAGAAUAAAUGUUGAGGCGUUUUCCAAUUUACUUCUGGGAAGUGAUGUUGUGUGCAAAGCCAACUCCAAGCUGCACUGAUUAGGAGGUGGGUAAUUUGAUUAAUACAACUUAUUGGAUGUUCUUCUACAGCAGAGGAUAGUUCAGAGUUGAGUCCAACAUGGAUUCUCCCAAGUUACAAAAUUAAAAACUGGGUUAUCAAUUGUAAUAUUUGAAAAUUGUACGUCCAUCUGUAAAGUAUACAUGCCCAGUACCAUUCUGUUCCAUAUGGUCUGAAACCCACUAGUUAUUUAAAAACAGAACCUCAGCAUGGUUAACACUAUUAUAUUAACAAUUGUGCCAAAACAUACACUCAAUUCACAAAGUAGCUAUAUUCACAGGAAGAUGUGCUGAAAUUAGGCGUCAAAUCCAAAAUUAAUUUGAAAUUGAUCAGGGAUGAAAAUAGGGUAUAGUAAUUAAUGAUGCUGCCAUUUUUGAAAUCACACAAGUUUACAUAUAACUGUUUAAUGUAUACUACCUAAUCCUGUGAUCUGCUGCAAUAUGGCAUUGCAUCCCUCUUUUGGUGUAUUGAAAUUUUUUUGCAUUAAAUAAAAAUGUUGCAGUUUGAUGCCAGACAGUUGCAUCCCUGGGUAAUGCAAUUUGCAUAUGCAUGACUUGUUUAUUUCAGCAGAUCCCAGAAAUUUAUGUUUGGCCAGAAAUGUAGAAGAUCCAGAUCUUGCAAAAAAAGUGCUCACAACCCAAGCGUUAUGGCAUGGUCUAUUCACUGUCCCUCGCAGUAAUAGCGAAACUUUGUGAUAUCCUUUUAAACACCACAAAAUGCAUAAAUGUUUCCUGAAUUAUAAAAAAUUGCUGCUUAUUGUUAAAUGUUUGGGGAUUUUUGUGCGUUGUGUCAUCAGUUCCCCAACCCUCUCCAUCCCAGCACCACGUACAAACUUGUACAUUGACCCACUGAUUGAAGUGUACAACUGUGUAGAGAUGCCUGCUUGUAUUGUGGGCUGUUGGACCUUUUUAAAGUCCAUCCAUGUUGACAGUUACCUUUCCAAGUCUGAGCUCGAACAUGCGUUAGUUAUCAUUUGCCUGCGUCCAGAGGUGUGUGGGUCCUAUCCCCAACACAAGAACUGAGCAUGUAGCUUCACUAUUGUGAUGCCCCAAGUGAAUGAUGCUGUUCAAAAAUUGGUGUUGGGAAGUUAUUUGGGAUAUAUACAAAGGAUGGAUGUCAAAAUGAAUGGAGGAGACUUAAUUCCAUCUAAUUAUAUUAAUUUCAAAAGCAAAAGAAACACAUUACGGCAGGUUUUAUGGUGACAGCCUCUGUGGCCAAAUCAGAGAAAAAAAGCUGCAUGUAUGUAUUGUACCAUUCUUAACUAUUUCACAGUAGGAUCACAUUGGAUUGCUGUAUUGUCUAGGUUCUUAGUUUUUGACAUAAUUGGACGUGCCAGAAUUCUACAGACUGUCAAUCUCUGUUUUGAAUGUUAGCAAAUUCUCAUUCUAAUACUGUGUUCCCAUGCAGUGAGUAUUUUAUGCAUCAAAAUCCUGGAUGUUCUUUCCAAUAAAGCCACAUGUAAAUAGGU